AUGGCCGAAGCCAGAUUAUCCGCCCAAGAGGCGUUCGCUAUCAACGCUGCCGCCGUAACUCGUAACUACAAUGUCAACCCUCGUAUACGUUACAACACUGUCGCUGGUGUGAACGGUCCCCUCGUCAUCCUCGAUAACAUCAAGUUCCCCCGCUACAAUGAAAUCGUCGAACUCACUCUACCCGAUCAGACGAAACGUGCUGGUCAGGUCCUUGAGGUUCGAGGAAAUAGGGCUAUCGUCCAGGUUUUUGAGGGAACUACUGGUAUCGAUGUUAAGAAGACAAGAGUGGAGUUCACGGGAUCGAGUUUAAAGAUUCCAGUUUCGGAGGACAUGUUGGGACGUAUCUUUGAUGGAUCAGGAAAGCCGAUUGAUAAGGGUCCUAAGGUGUUCGCAGAGGAUUACUUGGAUAUCAACGGAUCUCCGAUUAACCCUUACACCCGAGUGUACCCAGAAGAAAUGAUUUCGACUGGUAUCUCAGCUAUCGAUGGAAUGAAUUCUAUCGCUCGUGGUCAAAAGAUUCCAAUUUUCUCUGCUGCUGGUCUUCCGCAUAACGAAAUCGCUGCACAGAUUUGUCGCCAGGCUGGUUUGGUCAAGGGACCGACGAAGGGCGUCCUCGAUGGUCAUGAGGACAACUUCUCCAUUGUUUUCGCAGCCAUGGGUGUCAAUAUGGAAACCAGUCGUUUCUUCACCAGAGAUUUCGAGGAGAACGGAUCUUUGGAGCGUGUCACCUUGUUCUUGAACUUGGCAAAUGAUCCUACAAUCGAACGUAUCAUUACUCCUCGUUUGGCGUUGACAACCGCCGAAUAUUAUGCCUACCAGCUUGAGAAGCACGUCUUGGUUAUCAUGACAGAUCUUACAGCUUACUGCGAUGCUUUGCGUGAGGUUUCCGCUGCCAGAGAAGAAGUGCCCGGUCGUCGUGGUUAUCCAGGUUACAUGUACACUGAUUUGUCCACCAUCUACGAGCGAGCUGGUCGUGUUGAGGGUCGAAAUGGUUCUAUUACCCAGAUUCCAAUCUUGACCAUGCCUAACGAUGACAUUACACAUCCAAUUCCGGAUCUUACUGGAUAUAUUACUGAGGGUCAGAUCUUCGUCGAUCGUGGUCUACAUAACCGAAACGUCUAUCCUCCAAUUAAUGUCUUGCCAUCGUUGUCCCGUCUCAUGAAGUCGGCUAUUGGUGAAGGCAUGACAAGGAAGGAUCACGGUGAUGUCUCGAACCAGCUUUACGCCAAGUAUGCCAUCGGUAGAGAUGCUGCCUCCAUGAAAGCAGUCGUCGGUGAGGAGGCUUUGUCUGCCGAAGACAAGCUUUCCUUGGAAUUCCUUGAGAAGUUUGAAAGAAACUUCAUUUCUCAGGGAGCAUACGAGUCGAGAACCAUUUUCGAAUCUCUUGAUAUCGCCUGGUCGUUGCUCCGAAUCUACCCGAAGGAAUUGUUGAAUCGUAUUCCGGAGAAGGUUAUCAACGAGUUCUAUCAACGAUCCGCCGGCGACAGGAAAGGAAAGAAGCCCGCGACAAAGGAUACUAGGGAUACGGCACCAAAAGAUGAUAACAAAACCCAAGAAGAGAACUUGGUUGAUCUUUAA